GGCUUCUUCCUUGCGGAGCAGCCUUUCAGGUUAUGUCAAUAUAGGACUCGUUUUACUGUGGAUAUAGAUACUUGUCUACCUGCGUCCUCCAGCAUCUUCACAAGGUCCUUUGCUGUUGUUCUGAUGAAUGUGGUACCUUCAGGCAUUUUGAAAUUGCUCCCAAGAAUGAACCAGACUUGUGGAGGUCCAAAAAUUUUUCGGAGGUCUUGGCUGAUUUCUUUUGAUGUUCCCAUGAUGUCAAGAAAAGAGGCACAUAGUUUGAAGGAUGGAGAACACCAUGGAGGUGGCUAGCCAACUGUGGCAGCACAAGUCUUGAUGCUUACCCACUUCUUGUUACUUCCUCCUGCAUGCUGACUGUGAUCUGCAUAGUGACCAUUGUGUUUGAAACUCUGUAGAGCAACAGAAGUUAACGCCGCCUAGAUGGCCACUGCCCUGAUCAUGGAGACCAUUCCCAGUGGAAAUGGAACCCAAGACAUGAUCGAGCUGGAGGAUGUGAGGAUACUGAACAGAGGAGUGAGAUUUGAUCUGACACAUGAGAAUCCAGAAGACCGGAUUGAGGAACUGAGUUACCAGGAGACCAAUCAGACAGAUGAACUGCUGAGGAAUCACUGGUCCAAAUCAACCCAAAGGGUCCUUUCCUCCUUGCCAAGUCGCAAUAUUGGAUGGAGUCAGAAAUCUGUGCUCUCCCAACACCAGAGCCGAUCCACCCAGAGACGCAGAAGAAGAAUUUACAGCUCUGUCUCCACCACACGCCGCCCUACAGAGCAGGACAUUUCUAUAGGGCUGGGAGUCUGCACCAUUGAUGUGACUCUAAUUGAAGGGUUUCUAAAGAACCUGCAGGGUUUGUCUGCUGGUGAAUGUGUGCGUCUGUUGCGUGAAAUGCCUCUUACUGUUUCUGAGAAGCGUCAACUAAGAGCUCUGGCUUGUCAUGGGGAAUCUGGACAGUCUCUCUCCGCUAACAGAGCUCUGUGCUGCCAUCAGUUUCAAGCUUGUGUCUUGACACCAAUUUGUGGCCUGUGUGGUGGCUGGUUAGGUAGACUACAGCUGUGGCAGGGUGUGCUUAAAAGCAUCAGUGGCCGCUUUGGCACCGGAGUUCUGUCCUAUUUUAUCUUCCUCAGAACUCUGUUAUGCUACAACAUCCUCCUCUUCCUCAUCAACAGCCUCUUUUUGCUCCUGCCACAAAUUACAAAUCCCCCAGAAGCCAGAAACAAAACUGCCCUCACAGACUUCUGGCUGCUUACUGGGACGGGUUUUCUCACAGAGUCUGGCAUGUUUUAUGGUUCCUAUUCCAACUCCACAAGUAGAAACUGCAGAGCUGAAAAUAAAAUGUGUAUCAAAAAUUACAACUUUCCACUGGCGUAUGUAUUAGCCAUCGGAAUGGGCCUGUUUGUCACCUGUGUAAUGCUAGUGCACAGCAUGUCUAAAUCGUUCGGAAAGAGUUUCCUCAUAUUCAAAUCUAAAGGUUACUUGGCUUUGAAGGUGUUCUGCUCAUGGGACUUUAAAAUGAGCAGGAAAAGAUCUGUUAAACUGCAGUCAGUGAACAUCCGCACUCAGCUGAAGGAGAUGCUUUCAGACCUCAGCUGCAGUAAGGAGAAGAGAAACGUGAGGUCAACAGUGGUCUGUUUAGCUAUACAUUCACUUGUAUGGUCCAUUUGCCUAUUUAGCAUAGCUGUGUGCUUGCUGGCUGUUUACUACUACUGUCAUGAGAUUGACAAGAGAUGUUUUAACCAAGAUGAUCAAGUGAGUUUGCUGAUUUUCCCUCUGGUCAUAUCUUGCAUCAGCCAUCUACUGCCUGGUUUCUUCAACAUCUUAUCUAGGGCAGAGCAUUACAAGUCACCGGAUGUUCAUAUUUAUGUCUCCAUCAUAAGGAACUUGUUGUUGAAGGGUUGCAUUUUUAUUGUGUUGUGUUUCCACUGGCUGGAGAAUAUUGCUGCCCAGCAGUGCUGGGAGACAUUUGUUGGUCAAGAGCUUUAUAGGCUGGUUUUGAUGGAUCUCAUAUUUGCGAUGCUUUACAUUGUCUUUGGAGAGUUUCUGUGGGGGCUGUGCACGCAAAACAUGUCAUUGAGAAGAAGGAAACUAGUGUUUGACAUUUCACGAAAUGUGCUGGAGCUCAUCUAUGGUCAAACGCUUGUGUGGCUCGGAGUGCUGUUUGCUCCGCUGCUGCCCGCAGUACAAAUUGGGAAACUGUUUCUCAUGUUCUACAUGAAAAAGACAAGUUUGGUGACAAACUUCCAAGCACCCAGGAAGCACUGGAGAGCGACACAGAUGAGCACCCUCUUCAUCACCCUCCUGUUCUUCCCCUCCUUCAUUGGGCCCCUGGCAUGUGUCAUAUAUACAAUGUGGAGUUUCAAGCCGUCGUCAGGGUGCGGGCCAUUCAGCGACCCCGACAAGAAACUCUUGGACAGCUGGGCAUACAAAAACCUGGUGGACAACCCUUUAUUCCUUUUCAUUAUCACAGGCCUGUUACUAUCCAUUAUAUACAUACACACACACGUUAUGGAUGGCCAAAAAAAAGUUAUUUCAUUGUUGCAGAAACAAAUACACAAUGAGGGUGAAGAUAAGAUGUUCCUUAUAGCUAAACUGCAGGCACUCAAUGAGCAGAGUGGUCAUGUGUUAUAACUCAAAGCAGUCAGUGUUGUGUGUUUCCGUGACAUUGUCAGCUAAUGAUUGCUUUGUAGAGAUAUAAGGAAGACUGGAUUCUACAGAAAAUUUGCAACAAAACCUAACCCAGGAAUCAUGAGACUUGCAAAACCAGUGCACGGAAAUAAACUAGGAUUAGAGCUCCUUGUUGGACUCAAAUUACACUUGUACUUCAUGUGUCCUUGUGUAAUCAUGUAAAAAAUAUUUUUAUGUUUUUUUUAUACUUCAGUUACUUUCUGUUUAUAUAUUAUAAUUUUUUUUAUUAUUUUGGUAUCUUUGAGGAAAUUAUGGCCAUUUUAAAUGUAAUUUAAAGUAAUUUAGCGUUUCCCAUGACAUGUUAAUGAGAUUAAAUUAAGUUUAUCACUUUGCUGUUAUUUGGAGGUGUAAGAUGUACAAAUAAAUGCAACAUUUAUUGUUGUAAAAGACCAAUAUUUCUGACUACUUGCAUUCUGCUCUCAAAUAUUUUUGUAUUAAGACAACUGAACUUUAUAAUUUUACCUUUAUUUCAGGCAACCAGUUUCCUUAGGACAUUAUCCUAAUAUAAAGUCAUUAUAUAAUCCCUUAUUUGUUGUUGGUGCUGUAUAUUAUAAUUACUAGAGACUAUAUGGUCAUAUGUAAUACAAGGACAAUGCAGUGGUUUCCAAACUGUCAUUCAAACCUGUCAUAUUUAAUUCUGAAGAAUGUUGUUCAAAUGGUGGCCAAAGCUAAGAAUAUCUGUGCAGAAAUGCAUUCUAUGAGGGAGGAUCUUACUUAUCUUGAUCUAAUGUCUACUGUAUAAAGAGGUGUUUUUGCUUGUGUUCUCAAUACCACGCCAUAUCAACUACAGCAUCUGUCAUUCAGUAACCCAAAGGAAGGUACUAAGUUUGUAUAUCAAUGGAAUCCAAGCACACCUUAUACAUCCGACUACCAAAAGAAUAUGAGGGAUCUAUUCAAGAAUUUGGAGAAUGGGACCAUGGGAUUUUUGUGAUAAACCUAAAUCCAUAUCUGACAGAGACUGACCUUCGGUCCUACUUCCAAAAGUUUGGGACAAUUACAGAAUGUGUUGUCAAGACUGACAAGACAUCAGGCUGGCCAAAGGGUGUGGGCUUUGUCAGAUAUUCAUCUACAGAGGAGGCUGAAGCAGCGGAGGCAGCUAGACCACCACAUCUUGGAGGGUUUCAGACGGAUAUCUACAAAGUUGUAACACCAAAGGUUGCCGAGGCAGAUAAAAUCUCUCCAAUUCCAACAGUUUCAUGCAAACCUUCACUUGAACUAGAAAUGCCGCACAGACACAUCAACAGUCGCUGGUUGCAGUGAUUUACACUAAACCUCAUCCUCUGAUUUUACUCCUAACAAAUGUGAAAUAAAUGUGUCUGUAUGUUACACCAGUUUAUUGUCAAAUGUUAUAAUUUCAUUAUCACCUUCAUACUACGUUUUGAUGUGAUUUUAUGCUUAUAAAAUGUUCUACUGUAAACAAUGCCUAUGUUAAUGUCUUUAAAUGCUGCAUAAAUUAAUU